AUGGAGAGAUGGAGGUGGAAUUGUGGGCAGUUGAUGAGGGAUUCAACUUGGGAUUUUACAAAUUUGAGCUUCGAGAAAGAUCGAGCUUAUGGAUUCUCAUGGCCACAAAGGAACUACAAAUGCAGCUUCUGCAAUAAAGAGUUCAAAUCUGCACAAGCUCUUGGUGGCCAUAUGAAUGUCCACAGAAGGGAUAGAGCAAGAUUGAGGCUAUCCCCUUCUUGGGAUCCUCCCAAUUCAAACCCAAACCCUAACCCUAACCCUAAUUCCCCUAAUUUAUCAUCAUCUGCACCCAAAUUUUCACCCUACAAUUUGCCAAUCCACUCACCAUUACUGACUCCUGCUGCUGCUCCUACUUGGCACCAAGAAAUGGCCCCGGAAGCCGACAUCGACGACAUUAGCAGAGGGGAUAGGGAGAACAAGAACACAGGGCCAAUUCUUGAGCUCACUGCAGGUUUUACAAGAAGAAAGGAAGCUAGGGUUUGGAAGGCAAGUGAGCUUGUUAGGUUAGAUUUAAACUUGGGUUUGAUCCAAGAUAAUGUUAAAGAGGAUCUUGAUUUGGAGCUUAGACUUGGAUACUCUUAA